AUGGGGAGAUACAGGUGGUCAUCAUGGGGAGAAGGAGGAGGAGAGGGGAAGGUCGGACCUGCAUGGCUUGAAGGGCUGAUGAGGGAGACAUUCUUUGGUGGGUGUGGGGCCCACCAGAAUCAACGCAAGAACGAGAAGAACGUCUUCUGCUUGCACUGUUGCCUUAGCAUCUGCCCCCACUGCCUCCCCUUCCACCGCCUUCACCCUCUUCUCCAGGUGCGAAGGUAUGUUUACCACGAUGUGGUUCGAUUGGAUGACUUGGAAAAGCUCAUUGAUUGUUCCAAUAUUCAGCCUUACACUAUAAACAGUGCGAAGGUGAUAUUCUUAAAUCAGAGGCCACAAUCAAGGUCAUGCAAAGGCAGUGCCAAUGCUUGCUUCACUUGUGAUAGGAUUCUUCAAGAGCCAUUCCACUUUUGUUCUCUUUCAUGCAAGGUGAACUACAUGGUGUACGAGGGUGAAAGCUUGUCCACCAUUUUACAUCGAUUCGAUGAAUCUGACUUCGCAAUUUCGCAGUUCGAGGGUCUAAGAGUUGAUGGCUCAGAGGUCAUAGACGAAGAUUCCCAUUUUGCCCCUACUUCUUCCUACUCCAACACCACCGAGGCUACCAGCAAUUCCGUAAUUUCAUGUGAAGCCAACAACACUUCGAAGAAGAACAAGGGCAAGGCCACUAGGUUCCUCCCUGGAAUUGUUCUCUCUCUUGGCAAUCGAAGAAAGGGUGCUCCUCAUAGGGCACCUCUCUCCUAAGUCUUCAAUCCAAUAUCAUUAUUAUAUAUAUAAUAUAAUAAUAAUAAUAAGGCUUUAUUACAUUCUUAAUAAUAUCUUACUAUUAAUUAGACUAGAG